CAGCAAUCCCGUCGACGAGGCUGGCGUUCGAGAGAUGAAGAGGGAGAGCAAGGACUUAGCGCUGUUCAAGCUGGAUGGGCUGCCACUGCCAUUGCCACUGUCAUCGCCACUGUCACUGCCACUCCCACUCCCACUCCCGCUCCCACUGCUACUGCCACUCCCACUCCCACUCCCACUCCCACUCCCACUCCCACUCCCACUCCCACUCCCACUCCCACUCCCGCUCCCGCUCCCACUGCCACUGCCACUGCCACUCCCACUCCCACUCCCACUCCCACUCCCGCCCUCACUCCCAACCCCACUCCGACUGCCCACGAUGCUCACCGAUGA